AUGGACGAUGGAUCUUCCGACAGUGAUGCAGAGUCCAAAGCAGAAGACGAAAGCAGUGAUUCCGGUGACCAGAGUUGUCAGAGUGGUGCUGAUGAUGUUGUCACAGACACUGCUGCGAUGCAAGAGCUGGCUGACGCGACAUGUACUAAAACGCGCAUCCUUCCGCAGCCAGAGAAGCUGGCAAGCGUACUUACAGAGUGGCAUGAUUCCGUGCUCUGCAUCGGCAUUGAUAUUCUUUCGUGUUUGGGCUCUGCUGCUGCAACAUUGAUUGAUGGGACGGCCUUGUUCCGGGAGGUCGGAUCGGACCUGCUUGUGGAUUGGAUGCAUGGUGGCCAGGUCCUCCAUGCUGUGUACCUUGCCGAGAAGCUUCUUUCCCACAUCGUGGAGAAGGAUGUUUCAGUCUGCCUUUUCUUCUUUGAAGAGGACUGGACAAGUUUGCCGUUAUCACUUCAAAGAUUGCUGUGGCUCGUUUUGUGCGACCACUUUCAAAGAGCAUCUUCAAGCAACCGAGCUGACGAAGUUCCGGUGAGUCGAAUUCGAACGGUUCUCCUCCCCGGCUCUUUUCUGAACAAGCAGGGCCGGGACAGCUUCGAAAAGUUGGUCUUGCGAUGUACCCCAUCAUGUGUCAUUACGGAUUUCGGGCGGCCUGCGCCGUUGACCCCCCACUGUGGACGGGAGGCCAGUCAGGAGGCGUUGUCUUUCGAAACUCUUGAGACAGAGUUUCCCGGACUACGAUCGUGCUUGUUCGUUCACUGGCUGCAUUCCCUUGACCUGCAAGUACUUGACAUCGAAAGUUUGGACGUUGCCGGGCCCCGCCUCAUCGGAAAUCUGCUGGAACCAGUUCUAUCGCCACAACGACGGGCAAAGACUCUGCCCAUCUUGAUCAGCAUCCUGUCCAAGUCGACCCAGGAGUAUGCGGUGUGGAAGACCACACUGGACGAUUCGUCUCGAAUGGAGACAUCCAUCCGGCUCGCUUCGGGUCGGUUGGCUUUGAAACGUCUCCUUGGGCAUGCCUUCGAGACUGGUCGCGAGGCUUCAAUCCCCACCCUGAUUCCAUUGAGUGCAGCUUUUACCUGGAGCUUGGCCGCGUUGGAGGUGUUCACCCUUGAUGCUCGUCGCGUUUCGGACGCAGAUCUGCCCUGCCUGCCAGAUGCUCUGGGAGUGCCUCGCUUCCUCCUUCGGUUGCAUGACGCUCUGUCGGAGGCUAUUCUUUGCAUCCGGCAGUCGCAUCCUGAUGCAUUCGAUGGGACGUCAGCUGACCUUUUCGACGGUCGAGUUUUUCAUCGUCUUGCGUGGGAAUGUCUGCAGACAGAUGAUGUGGACGCAGUCUGCAAGCGAAAUCCCUUCAGCACCGACUUGUCCUCGGCACUGGAGUUGGCCUCGAGGAUCUGGAGCGACAAUGCCCCCGAUGGUACCGGGAGCUUGAUGAAUGCUUUGCACGGCUUGUGGGGACUGGCUCCAGCUUUCCAGCCCGAGCCACGGGAGAGCUGCAAGGAGUCUCCGGAGAUGGGGGAGCUCGUGAGCGUUGCAGGUCCUAGCAGCAUUCUGGGAGAUGGCCCGUCUAUCUGGGAGGGGCAGCGGGAUGUGAUGCAGGGAGCGAAAGAGCAGAGUGCAAUGUUGGUCUCGUCGUUAACAGAGGAGUUGCAGGGCAAAGCUUGGAACGUAAGCGCUCCUCUAGCUCGCCUCGCUGUCGCUGAUUUGCUGCAGCAAGUGGACGGUGACGGCUCCCUCCCCGACAGAAGCGUGCUUCCGGCAUAUCAGCCGCAUCACUACCAUACGGGCACGCCCCUGGAGGUGGAGCCGGAUGCGUACCAGGCGGCUCUUGCAGUCUUGAAGUCAACGAGGGUCCUGCGCCUGGAUGCUCCCACGAAGAUGUCUAUCCUCCUGCAGUUUCUGACGGAUGAUGGCGUGGUGAGAGUCCACAAAGAUCGGAAGGUUCCUCGUUGGAUGUAUCAAGUUCGUACCAAGUUUGUGGAGUUCAGAUUGCAAAGCUUCACUGAUUCAUCGAGAUCCGACGAGCCGCUAAAGGAUCUGGAUGAACUGAAGGUGUUGCUGAGUGCAGCGCAGUAUCCUGUAACCUUGAAUUUCAACAUGGCCAUGUCGCAGGCCGCUGUUGAUAGGAGAGGACACAAAGCUGCCGCCAAGAACCAGCAUUUUCUGGAAUCCCUGCUUGAGGGAAGCCCUGUCACACGACAGACCAUCGUGACAGGGUCGUCUCCCGACCAUGCAAGAAGAAAAGAAACAGCCAGCAGCCCUGGAAAGAAAGGAUCACCCCAGCGCUCGGCCGACCGUGUCCGGCAACAGACUAGUGCGGCCCAGCAGGACAAGCUGCUCAAGCAGAAAGCGGAGCAGGUGAAGCAGCUGAUCGAAGACUUAAAGGCAACUCCACAGUCGGGGAACCGGACGAAAGCCGUGGAGUCCUUUGCUAGCAGUCUGCGACGAUGUUGGGAGGAAGGUGCAAAAGCACCAGCUUUAAAGGGCAUCAAGCACUGGUUGAAGGAGAGUGAAAGCUUGGAUGAAAAGAAGGCGGAUGGAUUUGGAAGGCAGACUUUCCUGACAAUCCAAGCUGUACUGCGGAUGUGUGGAGGUGUGGAUGGUCUGCAGAGAGAAGAUGGAGGGUCUGAGCUCUUGCAGGCGAUGGCAAAGCUUGCAGACAAGCAUUUGGGCAUGCCGGAUUUAGCUGCACACCUUGGUCGGUCAAAAGCCAAAGAGAGACGCAAGGCCUCCGUGUGCCCCUUUCGCUUUCAGCUGGGCGUCGUGCCCGAGCAUUUAGCCAGACCUGCCGGGACGCACGAUCCACGUCUCCAGUUCAAGCCUGAUGCAUGGCAAGUUCGGUUGUUGGAUGUAGUGGACGAGAGGCAGUCAGCCCUAGUGUUGGCACCAACGGCAUCCGGCAAGACCUUCAUUUCCUUUUACAUCAUGGAGAAGACUCUCCGAGCGGAUGAUGCUGGGGUUGUCGUGUAUAUUUGUCCGACAAAGGCUCUAGCAAAUCAGGUCUAUGCUGAGAUUGGUGCAAGAUACAGCAAAGAAUUCACGAACAGGCCCGAUCGCCAUUUUUGUGGCAUUUUCACACGGGACCAGCGUGAUCACGCCCUUGAUUGCCAAGUCUUGGUUACGGUGCCGGAGUGUUUCCUAAUCUACUUCCUCUCGCCCACGCAAGAGUGUAGCAAUUGGGUGGGUCGGCUGCAAUAUGCCAUCGUGGAUGAGGUGCACUGUCUUGGUGAGGAGAACGGACGAGUGUGGGAGCAGCUGCUGUCCCUUGUGCCGUGUCCAUUGGUAGCUUUGUCUGCCACCCUCGGAAAGAGUGACUGCUUCGUGUCGUGGUUGAAGUCACUAGAAGAGCAUCGCGGCCGCCAGCUACAUGUUGUAACACACCAUGGCCGUUUCAACGACUUGCAGCCGUGGGUCUUUGAUGGUCAGGAUCUACACCGCUUACAUCCCGCUUUUGCUCUGAAGCCUGCGUCUGGAGAUGAGGUGCCCUGCCAGGGCUUGACUCUCAUACCCGAAGAUUGCUUGCAGCUUUGCGACACCAUGCUCGAGUCCACAGCUUGCAAGGGCGAGGGGAAGAAGCUCGCCCCUGAAGUUUACUUUUCCAGUCUUCCAGACGGCACCUGGAAUCUCAGCAUGCAGAACGCGCGAGACUGGGCCACAGACGUAGCAAAGUACUUUGACAGCAUGACCCGAGAAGAUCAUGUGAGGAUUAUCAAAGAGGUUGGCGCGGUGACUCUAAAAGCUUUCAACCGUGCAGAUCAGGAUUUGGACGGAGGCGAAAUGGCAUAUCUCACAGGUCACAUCGGUACGUUGGUUCGGCAGCUGAGAGAGUCGGGCAUGCUGCCAGCAAUCUGUUUUCACAACAGCCGAACAGGAUGCGAGAUCUUGGCAGAGCACUUGCUUCGUGACGUGGUUUCUCAGGAGAAGGAGUUGAAAAAAAAAGAGGAAGUUCCAGAAAAACUCGAGGCGAUUGCCAGACGGUUUGAUGAGCUGAAGAAGGGUCUGCAGCACGUCGAGAAAGCUCUUGACAAGCGCGAUGGCAAGCUCCCUGCCGACCUAACCUCGCAGGAAUUGGCAUCGAUACAGCCUGGUGGCGGAGGAAGAAAAGCUUCGGGGAAUACGCCAUGA